AAGCAAAUAAUUAUCAUGGAUAAAAGGAAACUAUCAACAGCCGGAGAUAGUCUUUACCAAAUACUCCAAGUUCCAAAAACCGCGACACCAGAUGAUGUCAAGAAAAGCUAUCGAAAAUUGGCGUUAAAGUAUCAUCCAGAUAAAAAUCCGAACAAUCCAGACGCCGCUGAGAAAUUCAAAGAAGUAAACCGUGCUCACACAAUCCUCAGCGACGCCACUAAACGGAACAUUUACGACAAUUACGGUUCCCUCGGUCUGUAUAUAUCAGAGCAAUUUGGAGAAGAAAACGUCAACGCCUACUUCGUAGUGACGAGUGCUUGGUGUAAGGCGUUGGUCAUCGUGUGUGGUAUUCUCACCGGGUGUUACUGCUGUUGCUGCCUGUGCUGCUGCUGCAACUGCUGCUGCGGCAAGUGUAAGCCGCGCCCACCGGAGGAGUCCGGCGAUUACCACACACUGGAGCGGGAUGAUUCUGACGGCGUGAACCCGACAGUGACCACGCAGCCGGGCGGCGAAGGCCGGCCUGUAGGAGAGCAUGCUCCCCCCGUGGCCAUGCCAAUGCCGCCGCCACCAACAGGAGCAGGGGCCUCGGAAAAUACAGGCCUGAAUACAGGAAGCAGUAUUCCAAAAUACACAUGAAGUAAUCACAAGCUAGUCUAAUGUAAUUGUAAGAGAAAUGAGGAACUGAUUGCUUAUUACCACCAACAUGCACAUUGUUAAAAAUGUAAGCCUAAAAUUAGUUUAUUAUAAUAUUGUUUCUUCACGUAAAA